GUCAUACUAUUUGCUUCACAUGUGACUUCUGUCUGAUAUCAUUUUCUCAUUGCACCCGUUGCAUUGCACCGUCGUACCUUCUUCCGAUUUGCUCCUUUCCUCCUAUUUAAUAAUUCUUCCCGCGCUCAUGAGAAACAUACUUAUUUUAUUUUGAAUACGGAGAAAGAGAGAGAGAGAGAGAGAGAGAGACCCAUCAAUUCCUCUGGUCUCGGUUACACUUUCAGCACCUCGUCGCUUCAUCUCCUCGCUCGACCGCGUCAAUUCUCGCGUGUAUACCUAUUGCGCUUUACGCGCAGAGAGUGCAGUCGCGGCGAAUAAUCCUAUAGAUAGCGGCUCCGUGGUAGUUUCUUUGCGCGAGUACGUGCACUCGUCUGCGCGCAGAAAGUGCUCCGGGUCACGACUUUCGCUGUGCGCUCUCGUUCCCUACGCGGCUUUUUCUUUAUCCCGGGAAACCUCAUCCGCGAGGUGCAUCACUUCGUCGACAAUCGUCGUCUCUCCGCGUUGCCGUCGUCCCGGAGAGUGAAUCGUAGAAACGAGGGACCGUCGCACACGUUUACCGACCUACGAAUAGGUAAGAGGUCUGCUCAUAAUCGCACCACGUUAUACUUUCUGCGCUUGAAGCGAAAUAAGCGUGUUCGGGAGAAGAGCAAGCAGAAUCGCUAGAGAGAGUAGAGCAAAAUUGAGCAGACUCAGCUGCUCUCCGGUGAAAUCCAUGCGUGUCGUUUUCGAGGACUUUCUCCGCAUUUUUGUUCCCAACCGUUUAGCCGACCUGGUGAUCGCCAGGUUGUGAUGUCCCAGGCUCGACGAGAGCGAUUAUCACAGCUACAUGUGAACGAAUGGCUCGUGGACAGCAAAAAAUACAAUCUCAAGCCAAAGCUGCGGAGAAAGCUGCAAAAGUAAAGAAACAACAAGGACACAGUGCCAAUGAACAGAAGAAGGCAGCACAAAAAGCGCUUGUACAUGUGUGUAGUGUGUGCAAGGCCCAGAUGCCAGACCCUAAAACCUAUAAGCAACAUUUUGAGAACAAACAUCCCAAGAACGAGCUACCGGAUGAUUUAAAGAAUAUAUGAGGGUACGAACUUUUGUGAAGUUGGCAUUGGAUGGGAAGCACGGAGAAAAAUUGCUGCAACUGACAAAGUGAUAUAGUUCAACAUUCACCUGAUCAUUGCAUAGUUUCAGAAAAUAAAUUAAACCUUGUUAGUGUUUUAACUGAUCUAUCGCGCACUUAAGGAGACAAAUUGUUGUGCACAACUCAGAAUAUUAGACGUAAUUAAUAAUUUGCUUAUGGAAAAACUUGAUUUGUAAUGGAAAAGCUAACCAUUUUCCACAUGAACCAUAUAGUCAAUACUUUUCACAUAAGCAUAAUUACAUCUGAAUCUGUGUAUGUUUCUAAAUAAAGUUCAUAAACUUGAUAGCGCAGUUCUGAACGAGUAUAUUUCGACGUGAGGGAUAAUGCAGUAGCACUAAUUUCUUGUUUAUGUUACGAUGAAAGAUAUUAUAUGAAGUGAUAUAUAAGUCUGACUUUCGGCAAAUUCGAUUGGAUGCAUCAAAGUGUGUUGAAGCAGACUUUAUACAAAAGGAAGUUACCUGAUAAAUUCGAUAGUGAAUGCAAGUACAUAUAGUACAUAAACAAUCUUUGAUAAAGUGCUCAACGUUUACUUUGCCAAGUAAACGAUGCUGUAAUUUACAUUAAAUGUACUCUGUGGGUUACAUGCUUAGACUCCAUGUAUCAGCCUUUGUACUUGCGAUCUGUAUACGACAGUCUCUAGUGUUGAUCAGUGCGCAUCGAUAUAUCCAAUUGAAUUCGCUGUAAUGAUAACAGAUUUUAAAACAUUUUUUGUGUAUUAGAUAAGAGCAUUCUUCAAGUGACUCUUUAUAACUUGUUACACGAAAAGAUUUUCAUCUCGUUACACAAAGGAUGCUUCCUUAUUGCGAAUCUUAGUUCCUUAUUGCGAAGAACUAUGAGAAAAACGAUACGUUUCGUCACUCGCAUUUGUUGUAUUUAAUACCAAAUAUUUACCGUACUGCGACGUGCGACGUAACAGAAGCAGUUCUUGAAAAUUUACCAAGUUGAAUAACGCGGAGAAAUCUUUAACUACUAAUAACUGCCACUUUAUAGUUGGGUGUGUAUCUCGUAAUCUCUAACAUAAGAAUACUGUACUAUAGUCAACACGCGCGGAGAAUAUUAUAUACAGCCGCAUUUGUACGAAUUCGGUUUCUCCACUUUACGGUUUUUAGUCGAGACAAUUAUCAUUUCCGUUGUGCUGAGCUACCUGUAAUUUCAUCUGUUAUGUGAGAGGAUUAAUAGUUAAGAUGACACGUUCUUUUUUUAU